AGCAUCACUGAACAGUGUUGUUAGGACUAGUCAGUGACAUUGGAUAACACCGUCCGGACUGAUCUUUCCAAGGCCAAAGCGAUCAAGAAUGAGCAACAACGUGCAGAACCUGCUGCUAGAAUCCCUCCUGGGCACAAAGCACGUGGACAAUGCUGCCAUCAUCAGGAUCCAUGAGCGGACUAUCUUGGUGUCCUCACCAGGGUUUAAUAUAUCACCCAGUGACAUCCGUGUGCUUGUGAACGGAUUCUCCAAGAACCCUCUUCAAGUGCGAAGGGAAGGACUGUACUUCAGAGAGAAGGACUACAAGUGUGUCAGGGCAGAUGAGCGCUCCCUGUAUGCCAAGAAGAACAACACAGGGCUGGUGGUCGUUCAAACCAAUCUCUACCUCCUGGUGGCCACAUAUCGGGAGGACAUGUAUGCCAGCGUGUGUGUGGAAGCUGUCGAGAAGCUGGGUGACUACUUGAGAAAGAAGGGGAGUUAA